CGUGACCGGUAGCGCGAGCGGCAACGUCAGCAAGAACAAGAGAGAUCCGUGUUUGAGAAAGAGAGACACGGACUCCCCCACACCCCGGACCCCCCCGGCACCGAGAGAGAUUAGCCAUCUGAUUGUUGCAAGUUGCCGCUGUAGAAGCUGAAAAUGCCGGAUGGGAUUACAGAAACGGGGGAGUUGUACUCCCCAUUUGUGGGGCUUGUAUACAUGUUUAAUUUGAUCGUUGGUACAGGAGCGCUGACAAUGCCACAAGCCUUUGCUGUUGCUGGCUGGGGAGUGAGCCUUGCUCUCAUUAUCUUCCUUGCAUUUAUGAGUUAUAUGACUACAACUUUUGUUAUUGAGGCCAUGGCAGCAGCCAAUGCACACUUACGCUGGAAAAGGAGGGAGAGGCAAAGAAUAGUGAACGAUAAUGAUCCCUCUUCAGAUUCCUAUGAUGAUGACGACGACAACGACAAGAAUACAGUUGCGAAAUGGGAUGGUCACGAGCGGUCAGAGACCAGACCCAUUCUUUCAGUGCAAAAAGCUCGUACGUACGAUGCCUUUGAAAUUGUGGAACGGAUAGAAAUGGGCCAGAUGGCUUCUAUGUUCUUCAGUAAAGUGGGAGUCAACAUGUUCUACAUCUGCAUCAUAAUCUACCUCUAUGGGGAUCUGGCUAUCUACGCAGCUGCUGUCCCAUAUUCCCUCACUGAAGUAGUCUGUGGGAAUCAGUCAUGCAGUGCCGACAGCAAACUAAAGCACAAUGAUACAGACCCGUGCUGGGGAUCAGUUAGACGCAUCGAUGCCUACAGGAUCUUUCUGACUGCAUUUUCUCUGUUUCUUGGACCAUUCACCUUCUUCAACGUUCAGAAGACCAAAUACCUUCAAAUCAUCACUUCCCUGAUGAGAUGGAUUGCUUUUAUAAUCAUGAUCAUUUUGGCCUUGAUGAGGAUUGGUAAGGGUGCAGGAGAGGGUCAUCCCCCUAUCGCCAACUUCUCUGGCAUCCCCACCUUAUUUGGUGUGUGCGUCUACUCCUUCAUGUGUCAACAUUCCUUGCCCUCGCUCAUUACUCCCAUCAGUAAGAAGAAGCACAUGAACAAGCUGGUCCUGGUCGACUAUAUACUCAUCCUAGCCUUUUACAGCCUGCUAUCCUUCACUGCCAUCUUCUGCUUCAGUAACCUGAAGGACAUGUACACGCUCAACUUCACAAGCAAUUGCAGCGUCAUCAGUGUGCCUUUCAUUCGCUACUUCUUGGGACUCUUCCCAGUUUUUACAAUCAGCACAAACUUCCCAAUAAUUGCAGUUACGUUACGCAAUAACUGGAAAACUGUCUUCCACAGAGAAGGAGGAAUGUAUCCAUGGCUGAUUGAUCGAAUCAUCUUUCCUCUAAUCACCAUCAUUCCUCCCAUAUUGGUGGCGUUCUGCACCCAUGACCUGGAAAUUCUGGUGGGCAUCACUGGUUCUUAUGCAGGCACUGGUAUUCAGUACAUCAUCCCUGCGUGCUUGGUCUACUUCAGCAGGAAAGACAUUGGGCUUGUGUUUGGUAACAACGUUCAGAAUAAGUACAGAUCUCCCUUCAAGCAUAUCUUUUGGAUCCUGUUUGUGUUGGUGUGGUCCGUGUCCUGUUUCAUCUUUGUAACGACCAACAUCGUGCUGGCAGAAACCAAAUGAGCCCGUGGAUUGUCCGAGAGGCUUUCCUCUGUACCUAGGACUCUAAACCCUGAUUCCUUCCCAUCACAUCACCAAUUGACUUUGCUACGGCAAAAUAUAAAUUCACAGUGAACUGGUUUAAAUAUUCAUUAUAUCAUGUUUUACAGUUGCAGUUUCCAAAAUCUACUCAUGAAUCCUUUUUAACCCUAUUAAAAAUGAUGAUGCACUUUUGUCAGUAUGACAAAAAAAAAUCCGAUUUUUAACUUGUGCUUUAUAAAUGAAGUCAGCUGCCUCUUGGCAUCAUGUAACACGCAGACACUGAAGUGAGUCUUGACCUGACCUGUUCUCCUGACACGGCCUUGAAUGUGGGUCAGGUAAAGGUGGCCUGUCAUUGCUGUCCUCAUGGAGUAUUCUUGUAAACUAGAAACUGUUUUUUUCCAAUAGUUUGAAAUUUAUUGUUGACAAUCAAAUAAUGUAACUGCAAAUAUUAAGGCUGUAAAUUUUUGGAUUAUAAAAGCUGCUGGAAAUG